AUGCCUCGUUUACAACUUCUGAUUGUAUUCCUGAGUUGUCUUCCCCUGGCAGCCUGCUUGCGCUGUUACACGUGUCUGUUCCCUGCCAUCUCUCCUCUGGACUGCUUCAGGUUUCCCCAGGAGUGUCCGGCUGGGCAGCACUGCCUGUCCAGUACUGCAACAGGAAGACGGGGCUCUCUACAGGUGACCAUGUACGAGAAGAGCUGCGCCGUCCCCAACCAGUGCGGGCUGAGCGGACAGAAGUACGCCUCGGGGCUCUACUUCAACUACACCAACGUCUGCUGUGACACCGACCUGUGUAACGGGGCUGUGUCUGUUGCUGCCCUCAGCUGGGGAGGAGUGGCCCUCUGCCUGCUGCCUGCACUCACUCUGGUGCUGGCCUGA